AUGUCAUAUGUAAAGACGUAAAUAUGCGUCUUUCCGAGGGUCAUCGUCGUCACGUGUGCACGUAUAUAUGCGCACACACGCAAGAAGACACGCCAUCAGUGUAGGAGGUGGAGGACGCGCAGUUCUUACGUCGCCUUCGAGCUACGACGAGGUUUCGUCGUCCGCGCGCAAUUAAAUACACCGGUACAUAUUUCUCUCUUAUCGGAAGAUCCCUUAUCGCGUCCGACGACGCAGUCAAGCUCCGCCAUGCGGCACGCGAGAUAAUGCCGCGGUCCGCUGCUGGAUCCCGGCCGCGCUCGUCGAGGACGAGGUUAGGCGGCGCGAUUUAUUAUCAAUCCUGACGUGUCAGACUUCGCCCGAAGCGCGCAAAUGGCGGCAGCCGAGGAGGACGUGUCCGCGCUCGGUGAGAGCCUGGACAAGCUGAGCGUCGAGGACGACGAGGAGACGACGACAAGUAAGCCCGGGAACGAUGCCGAUGACGCGAAAGUCUGCGAGAGCCCCCAACUCUGGGGCUUCGAGACGCGGGAGCUCUACAAGCUCGCGCUCAACUUCUACAAAGAGAAAGAGGGCAAGGCAGUGCAUCUCUCUUACGAGGACAAAUUGAAAUUGGUGGCAUUUACACAGCAAGUGACACAUGGAAAAUGUACAGCUGAAAAUGCAGCACCGUUAGGCGUCCUGGAUGUGAUUGGAAAGGACAGGCGAUUGGCAUGGCAAAAUCUAGGAGAUAUAUCAAAGGAACAGGCAAUGGAGGGUUUUAUAGUAUUAUUGGAUAAGCUGUGUCCUUUAUUCAGAACCGUAGUCGAAGCACAGAAAAGGGACUUUGAGGAGAAACAGCGUCUUAAGAAAGAGGAAGAGGCCAAAAAACUGGAAGAGGAAAGGAAGCUCAAGGAACUGGAGGAAGAGAAAAAGAAGCAAGAAGAAGAAAGACUGAAGGAGGAGACUCAGAGGAGACAAAUCCAGGAUGCUUUGAAUCAGCAGACGUAUUAUCAGUUCAAAGUGUACGCUGAGCAGCAAUAUCCUGGCAAUCCGGAGCAACAGGGCGUUCUGAUCAGGCAAUUGCAGGAACAGCAUUACCAUCAAUACAUGCAGCAGUUGCACCAGAAUCAACUAGUCAUCGAGGAUCAGUCUGAGGAUGAGGAGAAGAAGAAGAGCGUCGAACCGGAGGACACGACGACGUCCAAAGAUGACAACGACGACGAUAAGGACGACUCGAACGAGAACGCGCCUUUGAACGAUGACGAUUCGGACGAGAUAGAAGAUUGGCCGCCCAUUAAUGCCGCGGAGAUGUGGACGAGGAAGGGUGUGGAGGAGUUCAAGCAGGUCAUUAGGCGAGAAGCGGGCGACGCGGUCAUCAAGGUCGGUCACGGCGAGACGGUGACGGUGCGAGUUCCCACGCACGAGGACGGUACGUGCUUAUUCUGGGAAUUCGCUACCGACGGUUACGACAUCGGUUUUGGAGUUUAUUUCGAGUGGUCUAAGCCGGAGACGAAUCAGGUAUCUGUGCACAUAAGCGAGUCCGAAGACGAGGACGAGGAGGAGGAGGAAUACGAACCGCGCGGAGAAGACCUGGAGAGUGGAUCGGUGAACGGCAACUCUCAACCUGCACGUAAAACUGCUACACCGCCCAUAAGCGUUAUAGUACCUGUAUAUAGGAGAGACUCUCAGGAGGAGAUCUACGCUGGAAGUCAUCAAUAUCCAGGCGAGGGAGUAUAUCUUCUAAAGUUCGACAACUCUUACUCUCUUUGGCGGAGUAAAACGCUUUACUACCGAGUGUAUUACACACGGCAGAAUAACUUGGUGAAGAAUAAUAAUUAGUCUUUACGUUACAUAUUAUAAAACGAGAUGUGUAUCGAUUAUACGUCGUCGUCUGUUGAGCACUAGCCUUGGCAUAAUAAUUGUCUAACUAAUAAUGCUAGUCCAACUAAAUAAGUCUUUUAUGUCUCGAUUCGAUUCGCGCGAAAAAAUCUGUUCACAUACAAAGAAAAUAUAUUUAUUGUAUAGUCAAAUAAGAA